UCCUCAGCUACGGCGAGGCGCGGGCGGCGGCCCUGACCGCCCCACCGAGCGUGAGGGUUCCGUGAGGGGAAACCCCCGCCCGCCCGGCGGCUCCCGCUGUGGCAGGCCGGGGCGGCGGGGGGUAGCGGCUGUGUGUGGAAGUGCGACAUGAGGCGUUGGAAAAGGAGGAGGAGGAGGAGGAGGAAAAGAAGGGGGGCGGGGGGGAGGCCUUCCCGCCGGCACUGCGGCGGCGGAGGGGCGCCCGGGCGCCCUCUCCGACAUGACUGCCAGCCGCCGGGGCUGCCAUUUUGUCGCCGAGCGCGGGGCGGGAGGAGGCUCGUGACGACCGCAGCGGGACGAGCCAGGAGGGUUAAAGAACUCGUUCUUGACAACUGUAGGUCAUACGAAGGCAAAAUCGAAGGCCUCACAGAUGAGUUUGAAGAGCUGGAAUUCUUAAGUACAAUCAACGUAGGCUUAACCUCAGUUGCAAACUUACCAAAGUUAAACAAACUUAAGAAGCUCGAGCUAAGCGACAACAGAAUCUCAGGAGGACUGGAAGUGUUGGCAGAAAAGUGUCCGAACCUCACGCAUCUAAAUCUAAGCGGCAACAAAAUAAAAGAUCUCGGUACAAUAGAACCUCUGAAAAAGUUAGAAAACCUGAAGAGUCUAGAUCUUUUCAAUUGCGAGGUAACCAACUUGAACGAUUAUAGAGAAAAUGUAUUCAAGCUCCUCCCGCAACUCACAUACCUCGAUGGCUACGAUCGGGAUGACAAAGAAGCACCAGACUCUGAUGCAGAGGGCUACGUGGAGGGCUUAGACGACGAGGAGGAAGAUGAAGAUGUCUUAUCUCUAGUGAAAGAUCGGGAUGACAAAGAAGCACCGGACUCUGAUGCAGAGGGCUACGUGGAGGGCUUAGACGACGAGGAGGAGGAUGAAGACGAAGAGGAGUAUGAUGAUGAUGCUCAGGUAGUAGAAGAUGAAGAAGAUGAGGAGGAAGAGGAGGAAGGAGAAGAGGAGGAUGUGAGCGGAGAAGAGGAGGAGGAUGAAGAAGGCUACAACGAUGGCGAGGUAGAUGACGAUGAAGAUGAAGAAGAGCCCGAUGAGGAACGGGGACAGAAGAGAAAACGAGAACCUGAAGACGAAGGGGAUGAAGAUGACUAAACUGAAUAACCUAUUUUGAAAAUUUCCUAUUGUGAUUUGACUGUUUUUACCCUGUAUUUCCCCUCCCCACAACCCCAACCUUUUUUUUUUUCUUUUUUUUUUUCUUUUUUCUUUUUUUUUUUUUUUCUUUUUUUUUUUUUUCUGAUUGUAAUGUUGCUGUGGGAACGAGAGGGAGAAGCAGACUGGGUGGGCAAGGGAAUAAAAUACUAUUUUUACUGCCACUCCUCCUCCUAUUCAUUUUAAAUUUUUUUCUUUUUGUCCUUCUCUUAGUCCCUGUAACUGCAAUAGUAAGUAUAAACCAAGUGGUAAUUUGUUUCUUAUUAUUGGAGUGGGUAGUUUGACAUCUUUUAAAAAAAAAAAAAAACAAAAACAAAAACAAAAAAGUUUUAAAAUCAGUGGAUGAUACCCCAAAGACACUUACUCUGUUCCGAGGCAGCUGAAUAGUGUUGGUUGUUGGGAUUUUUCCACCGCUGCCAGUCACUAAACAAGACAUUGUGAG